UUUGGCUGUCAAUCACCGCUGUUUACAUCAAACGUCGCGAGGUGGAAUUUCCCAGGUUACGGCAUAGACUCAGUAGACUACUUCCGCAGUAGAUGUCUGUCUAGCAAGAGAGACGAGAGGCCACAGCAAGCUGAAAGUUCAGAGGACCAUGUUUAGGAAGUGAACCACGACAAUGGAAGGGAAAGGUCCGUAUCGCAUCUACGAUCCCGGUGGGAGUGAGGUCAAGGCCAGGGAUGAGAUCGUGGGGGGCAGCAGCUAUCGCCAGCUGCUGGAGGAGAACAGCAUGCUGAGGGAACGGAUGAAGGGACUUAAGAGCUUAGGUGAUUUGCUGGAGGAAUCCCAGUCGGAGGCGUCAAGGCUUCGGCAGCGAGUGGAGGAGCUCGUGAGGGACAACGAAGCCUUAAAGUCAGCCAGCUUUGCCACCAGUCUGUGUGCAGGAGCGCCGGUUCACACCGAGACACAAAGCAAACCCUGUUUACACCCCACUGCAGAGAAAGAGGAGCAGUCAAGCUGUUUAGGGAGAACACUUCAGCCGGAGAAGCCCCAUGAGGCCUUGUUGGAAUCUGAGAGAGUGAUUAUGGAGGGAAGGAACUCGGAUGCCUUGGCUGCCGGGUUGGUGGCAGGAGCAAUUCCCCAGCUUCCUCAGGAGAACAACGAGCUGGCAAGCCAGCUGAAGCGGCUGGAGAGCUCUUUUAGCAUAUUUGCAGAGGAGUCUAACCCAAACCAGCUGCUGGCUCAUCUCGGCCGCAUGGCAGUGGAGUUUCACCAUCUCUCCUCAAAGGUCCAGAAGAACGAACAAAGGACCUCCCUCUUACAGACGCUGUGUGAGCAGCUCAGGCAGGAAAACAAUGAGCUUCGAAAGAAAAUGGAAGAAGAUCAUCAUAUCAGGAAUCGAGACUUGGAGCAGCUGAGACUGGAGAAUCAGAAACUUAAGGAGUUGGUCACAGGAGGAACAGCAGUGGUGUCGACUGCUUCACCGCCAGAAACGGAGACUUCAGAGGCCAAAGACGAGCCGGUGAAGGAGGAAUCUCCUGCUGUUCGACCUAAAAUGGAGGCCACCACACCGCAGAAGAGUGGAAAAUCAGAGAGAACCCCAGCUAAAGCAUGUGACAUAGAGGUGUACGAAAAGAAGAUCAAGCUUUUGGAGAAGCAGAGAAAGGAUGUUCUGGAGGUGAACAAGCAGUGGGACAUUCAGUGGAACGCCAUGAAGUCACAGUUUGAGCAGAAGAUCACAGACCUCAGGCAACGGCUGGCUGAGUCCCAGAAAACCGUGCUUGAGCUGGAGGCCGAGCGAGAGCAGAGGCAGCGCGACUACGACAAGAAACUGCUGCUGGCCAAGUCCAAGAUCGAAAAUGUACAGGGCGAGAAGGAGUGUUUGAACUCUGAAACAGCCGAGCUGAAGCAGAAGGUUCGCUACCUGCAGGAUCAGCUGGUGCCCCUCAGCAAGCAGAGGGAAUACCAGGAGAAGGAGAUCCAACGCUUAAACAGGGCGUUGGAGGAAGCCUUGAACUUGCAUUCCCCCUCAUCCUCUCAGCAACCUCCUGGACAGGGCAACUUUGCAGAUGCAGCCAAUAACCUGAAAAAGCAGGAGCUCCUCACACAAAUUGCUGUACUAAAAGAACAGGUGAAAAUCUUCGAGGAAGACUUUAGGAAAGAAAGGAGUGACAGGGAGCGAAUGAAUGAGGAGAAAGAGGAUUUGAGACGGCAAGUUGAGAGGCUCCAGGGUCAGAUUACUAAUUUGACCAAUCAGCUUCAUCAAGCCCAGAACGAGUGUCAGAGAGAACGGACAGAGAGAUGUAAGCUGGAGAGACUGCAGAUGCAGCAUCACAAACAGGGGCAGCAGCAGGAAAGACGUACCUCAGACCCCACGUCGGGCUCAGUGAACGGCCCGCUGAGUCCUCCCUACUGUGGUCCCUUUGUGCAGGUGGGAACGCAGGGCCUUGAGGGCUGGCCCAUUCAUUUCCCUCCCCGGAUGCCCAACGCAGCAGGCGCCGCAGCAGCAACAGCCGCUGCUGCACCACUCCCAGCUCGAGACUUCCAACCUGUUACCUCGGGUUUUCCUUGGCAGAUGUCAUUCUCACAACCACGAGGUGCCAGAGCGGUAGGAGAGAGUUCAAGACCUCCACCAGAGAACGCAGAUCAGUCAGCUGCAGCAACAGCAACAGGGUUUGGCAAAAGGGAGCGACAGAACAUAGACCCCGGAAAGCACUAAAGCAUCACUGUACCCAUCUGAUGGAGUCUGGGUAGUAGCAUGAAACUGUCUUUGAGUUGACAAGGUGUGAUUGAGAUAUAAUUUUCCUACUGAACUGUAGAUAUCUUAUUGUAAUGUUGUUUAUACUUGCGUUUUAUAAGGCUAUUUGUGAAACACUUCGCUAUUCUGAAUAUAUAUCUAUAUGUAUAGAUAUCUAUAUAUAUAUAUAUAUAUACAAUCUAUAUAUAUAGAUUAUAUAUAUAUAGAUAUAGAUAUAUACAUACACUUAGAUUUUUUUAUUUUUAUUUGAAACUGAAGUCUUUUUGUUAAAUAAUUACCAUUGCUUAUUGUUUUUUUUUUUUCUUCCACAAAAUAUACCUAUGUAAUUGUCUCUCUGCAAGUACGUAUCACCUUAACACAUGACUUUACUUGUAGGGUUAACUGGAAGCCAUUCCCCAAAAACAAAUAAGACGUGUGCUCAUUCCAGCGCCGAAUGAUUAUAUAGGUACAAUAAAUCAUAGAAGUAAACAAUGUGAAUGUUAAUUGAUUUCUGAGGAUUUCUACAGUGCCAUCGGUGUUCUAGAAAUGUCUAAUAUGUGUAACUGUUCAAAAGUGGUUGUUGAAUUACAAAAAUCUAGGGAAAUGAAUAUUGAUGGUAUCAUACCAAAAAACACGAUUGUGAUUACUAAUAAUUUAUUUAUAACCUUCUGUUUGGAUAGUUGCAUUGACUAAGUGUAAAUCAUUGUCUUUAGUAAUGCUGUUCUUUCUAUGUUGUUGGUGUAAUCCCAAUAUAUUGUAGCUAUUGACAUUGUAUGUUUGUAUCAGACACAAUACACACAUUACUUACACAACCUUUUCUAUUUUUUCCAUGAUGAUGGACCUAAUCUCAUUAAACAACACUUCUAUUUGGUUUUACUACGCAUUUUGAUAUUUAUACUCACUUUACUGCACACUGUACAAUUUUACCGUAGCCCCAACACACAGUUGCAAACAGAGCUUCAAAAUCUUAAAGCAGCAGGAGUGAUUAGAGUCCUAUUCAUACGAGAACUUGCAUAUUACAGCUCUGCUCCUCAGAGGAAGAACCUCUGCCAGGAUGUCUGACCACGCUUUCAAUCCCCAUCUGGAAAAAAAAAUCAGCAAUAUGUGCCAAAGGGGAUUAACCUGCAAAGUCCUGCCACAUAGUGUCAGAAGACCUCAUGACAUAACACAGGAUCAAGAUGUUGGAAAUAUGGUUUAAAACAGUCCAACCAAUCUCAGAAAACACCAGUUAUUUCCUCAGAAUUAAGUUUUUGAAGUAGUUGGACGAAGGGGUUGAAAUUGUGCGGGACAGGACUUUUGCUCAGUUUUGUGUAAUGACUGAAAGUUGCGGGGAACAAAAUAUUCGAGGGCUGAGAACUGAGACAUCAGCAGAGUUGCACUUUGAAAGGUAAUGCUGUAAUUUCUGGCAGGUGUAUUUUUCUGGUUUAUAGUUUUUGUUUUUUUUUCCUUUUUGCUGUUAGCAAAAAGCACAUGUGAGACUUUUUGUAUUUGACUGGCUUAAUAAAUCUGUUCUAAAUGUCUUA